UGGGGCAAUAAUUUUUUUUCGAGAUAUGAAGAAUUCGAAGGCACAGCUUCUGUUGUUUUUACUGUGUGUUGUGUUCACCUGCUGCCAGUGCCGGGGACAACGAGCGAUAAUCUGCUCUGACCUACCCACAUUGACAAACGGAAACGUUGACUAUGGUGGUGGUGGAUCCACUAACAACAGACCAGUGGACACUGUGGCCACCUACACCUGUGCCACUGGCUACACUCUCAAUGGAGGCACCACCAGCACUUGUGAGAGUAGUGGAGGUUGGUGUGGAUUAGCUCCAACUUGUCAGCCUAACUGCCCUGACUUACCCCCACUGAUCAAUGGGGUGAUUAUGUACAGUGAGGGAUCCACUAAUGACAGACCUGUUAUCUCUAGUGCUGUGCACUCCUGCAACACUGGCUACACUCUCACUGGAGAUACCACCAGGCACUGUGUGAGUGGAGGGAGCUGGAGUGGGUCAGCUCCAACUUGUCAAGGACCCACUGAACCACCCACCACCUGUCCUGACCUCACUGUACCAACCAAUGAAAUGAUCAGCUACAAUAUGGGGACUGCUAGUCUGAGAACAGUGGACACUGUGGCCACCUACACCUGUGACACUGGGUACACUCUCAAUGGAGGCAUCACCAGGACUUGUGGGAGUGAUGGAGCGUGGAGUGGGUCAACUCCAGUGUGUCAUCAAAUCACGUGCUCUGACGUACCCUCUCUGCCUAAUGGAGCCAUUUCCUAUAAUGAUGGAUCCACUGACAUCAGACCUCUCAACACCAUAGUAACACACAGGUGCAACACUGGCUACACUCUCAAUGGAGACAGCGUCAGACUUUGUCAGAAUGACGGAACAUGGAAUGGCUCACCUCCAACUUGUCAAGUUUCCUGUGGCCCUCCUCCCUCUAUUACCAAUGGAUCUCCCGGACAACCAACCAGCACGAUGAUCGGAGGAGAGGCGACCUACACCUGUGACACUGGAUACCUUCUGAUUGGCUCUGAAACCAUCACAUGUUUGAGUACUGGUAACUGGAGCAGCUCACCGUCUUGCCAGAGCCCUCCCCCUUCGUACUUGUCCCUCUCCUCUACCAACUACUUGCCUGGGGUCCCUGAGAUCCCCCUGUCAUUCGUGGGAGAGGGGAGUGGUCUCGUUUGUCAUACUGACUUUACUGGCUGCUGUGAGGGGAACACUGGAGAUUGGUACUAUCCUAAUGGCUCUGUUGUUAUGGAGGAUGGAGCGUUGUAUGUUAGCAGAGGUCAGAUGAGUGUCAGUCUGAUGAUGAGUGGAACUGCUACUGCUCCUGGUGGCCUCUACUGCUGUGUGGUGCCUACCAGUGGAGGGAUACACACAGCGUGUAUUAAUAUGUCAGUCUCUACUGAUGAGAGUCAUCUCUAUCAGAUUGGUGCUGUGGUGGGAGGAGUGGUGGGAGGAGUGGUGGCCCUGGCAGUGGUGGCUAUAGUAACUGGUGUAGUGAUGGUGGCCUAUCUAGUGCUCCGGUACAAGAGAGGAGGAAAGAGGAGAGAAAAUGACUGUUCCUUGAGACUUACUGACCAGGGUCAAAGUGCAGCCGCUACCAACGAGACCAUCACUUACGAGGAGAUUCUGACCUCCAGAGACGUCAAAGGUGACUACAGUCUGCCUAGUCGACCUUGAGUGGGCGUGAGGCUCCAGCUACUGAGGAAUUAUACCUUAACGUACUCAAACCAUAUCACUUGAUUCAAAUUCUUUCUACCCUAUAUACCUUAUACCCUAUACCUUAUACCUUAACGUACUCAAACCAUAUCACUUGAUUCAAAUUCUUUCUGCAGAACAACCCUUACGUACACACAAUGAAAACAUUAUUAUUUUA